UUCAAAUUGAAGUUGGAAUAUCCAAACAGAGAGAUAUCCCAAGAACAAACAGGGAGACUUCACAGGACAUUAUACAUUCAAUGAUUAUGAGGGGGUGCACCAUGACUCUGGAUCAAAUUAGAUUAGCUCCAAUACUAUAAUAAAAUCCAGUGUUAGUUUUAGGUUAAUUUCACAGGACCAUUUGACAAUAUGCGAGAAUUUUAACUUUUUUAAAUAGUGCUACUUUUUUUUUUUUAAUUCACACCUCAUAUUUUCUUUUUAUUGAUUGUGUAUCCUAAUCAUUACACAUUUUGUAUGUGUUUGAUGGCUUUUUACUCUUUAGAGUAAUUUUUAAACAAUCAACUCUUUAUAUUAGAUCAGAUUUAUGAAUCAACUAGUCAAUAACAAGUCACGCGUUAUUGUACAUUGACAUAUGUGAUUAAAUUUGAACAAAAAAUCUGAGGAAUAUAAUGUACUUAUGUACAUAACUCUUGUAUAAGAAUUGUGUAGGUGAUAUAAGGUAGUGUUAGUGACACAUUAUAUAUAUUGUUGGGAUAUAUUAUCCCGGCCUAUUACUGUUCAGGAGCCCAAGACUUUACGUGGUACGAAGCCCAAUCAGUAAGGCCCAUUUUAGCCCAUCAGGCCCGAUAUUGGCCCGUUUGGCCCAUUAGGGUGGAGAGCCCCUUCUCCCCUUCCCCUAUUUAUAGGAGGUUUUCCCUCCAUGUAAAGGGGCUUUUUCCUUCUUCCCCAUGCUUCUUCUUCUUCCUAGAAUAGCUUAGAACUCCAUUAAUGGGAGCUUCAAUACUUGUACUAUGUAAUGGUGAGGAGAGAUUAAUGAGAAUGAGAGGGCUUGGACAUUAGCCUAAAAAGUCCCGUGGUUUUCUCCCUUUCGGGUUUCCACGUAAAAACUGAGUGUUCAUACAUAUAUUUACUAUAUCGUGUUGGAUUAAACUCAACACUGGCGCCGUCUGUGGGAAUCUGUCCAAAAAGAUUCAUGUGUCCUACUGUUCUUGAGUUUUCUACGAGAAAAAUCAUACGAAAUGGACUGAUUCCCAACAAAAAAAAGAGGAUUCUGGAAGAUCUGGGCUGUCUGGAUUUUGCUCUGUUUUGCCGCCGCCGCCGGAGCAUCGCCGCCGCCAGAGCAUCACCACACCGCCGUCGUCAUCGCCUGCCAACUGCUGGUCACUCCCCCACCUGGUCGGUCGCCGUUCGAGUUUCCACGACUCGGCCGACGCGACCUGUGGGACAUGCCGGCAGAAGAGCUCCUUUAGUUUCCACCAUUAAUGGUGGCUUCGAACUCAAAAGAGGAUAUUCAGUAGUUGGUCGAGUUUCAGCCGGAGACUAGCUUCUCUGGCCGCUCUUGCUCUGCUACGGCAAACACCAUCACCGUCGCGAGGAAGCACGAACCGCUUGCUUUUUUGGUUGAGGAUGUGUUCUUCCAUCUGCCUCUCCAAAAAAGGUGCCUUCACUUGGAUGGGAGCGGGCCACGUCGAGGAAAAAAGGCGGAAGGGGUAAGAUUUGGGUCAGCCGCUGCGAUACUGUGCACUUCAUGGGCUCCCUGGAACAAGCUACAGUGGCUGAGCUGGGCCCCUGCAUUGGCCAUGGGGGUAGCUGCCAGCUUGCAGACAUUAAGCUCGGUCAAUGGGGGGAUUUGAAAUAAUUUUGACCAAGUCAAAAUUGGCAAAUAGGGAGCAAACCUGACAAUACUCCACUGGCCGAAAACAUCUUUGAAGCUAAGUGCCCUAUUCUUGAACUUUGAAUUGAUACUCCGUAAUUGUUUUGAAAUAUUACUAGUAUUGUCAUUAGUUAAAUUAUUUUAUCACCAUUAUUUAUUAGGGAUUAAAACCUCCCGAAAUUAAAUAAUGCCGAGCGACGCUCUUUGUGAUAAUUAGUUUUCACCGUCAUUUAAAUUUAAUGACUGGUUGUUGUGGGCCCGUCGGCCCGCUCCUGAUCGGCUUAAAUUAGCCGGCAGAGCAUACCGGAAUGGCCUUUGAUAGGAUAACAUCAUUGCUAUUGCCUGUUAUAUCCCUAUUAUUUAUUAGGGGUAAAAUGUCCCGAAUUAAAUAAUGUGGGGCGAAGCUCUGGUGAUGGUUGGUUCAGCCAACAUUUUAUUAAAUAUUUAAUUUCUUGUGGGCCUGUUGGCCCACUCUCGAUCAGCUUGAUUAAGUGAUCCGAGCGUCUCCAGAAGGGCGAUGCCCCGACGACGCAUUUUAAUUUGGGGGUUAUGCAAUAGUCCGCACGGCACCAAGUGCUCGAGCGACGAUAAUACCCUAGUACCACCUGCGCCACUAGGCGAAGUGACUGUGCCAAACGCGGCCUGUGGGGCCCGAGGGCACCGAAGCGCUCAACCUCGUUUUUUCGAGGGCAGUGCGACCAACUUGGGUCUGAGUUUUCAAACUCACAGACCAGUGAUUAUCUCUAUGUGACGUUCGGCGGGCUGCUAAUUGGCCCCGCCGCGAGCUGCUACGUCCAUUAACCCCGCACGAUGAGCCGGGCCGAGGGUCACGAUGACCCAUAGGCCGGUAAUCGUGGAUGUUAAAGAGAAAGCCAUGCAGAUGGUUAUGUGUGUAUACAUAUUGUCGGGCCGUGCGGCCCGUUACCAUGCUUAUUGCGCAGCUGAAGCCGCUCGACGCGCUUGAGCGAAAUGAUUAAAAGACGAUCGGCCUAAGUCUCAAAGACGUUCAGGGCCAGCUAAAGUGGAGACCAUCACGGCUGAGAGCCGAUGGACGAGCAUCUCCACCCAGAGGUCGAGGGCCUAGAGGAGACCACCACGGUUGAGAACCGUGGGACGAGCAUCUCCACCCCAGAGACCGAUGGCCUAGGAAGAACACCUAGAGGCCGAGGGUCUAGAGGCGAAUGCCAUGACAGAGAACCGUGAGACGAUCACCCGUCAUUCAGAGGCUGGGGGCCUAGAAGAGAUCGUCACGGCCGAGGGCCGUCUGACGCCACCAUUACAUCAUGACCGGCCCCUCGGCACGACAUGAUCAUCAUAUUUGAAGACCGGCCUCGUCCCCGCACUGCGCGGAUGAGGACCGUUGCUUGGAUUUCAGGUCGGCCUAUCAUUGCCGACAUCAUUACAUCAUGACCGGCCUCUCGGCACGGCAUGAUUAUCUUAUUUGAAGACCGGGCUCAUCCCCGCGAUGCGUGGAUGAGGACCGUUGCUUGAUUUCAGGUCGGCCUCUCAUUGCCGACACCAUUAUAUCACGACUGGCCUCCCGGCUCGGCGUGCUUCCCAUAUUAGAAGACUGGUUUCAUCCCCGCUCCUCGCGGAUGACGACCGUUGCUUGUUUUCUCAGAUCGGCCUCUCAUUGUCGAUGUUAUUAUAUCACGACCGGCCUCCCGACACGGCGUGUUUAUCUUUUGAAGACCGGCCUUGUCCCCGCCCCUCGCGGACGAGGACCAUUGCUUGAUUCUUUCAGGUUGGCCUCUUACUGCCGACACUAUCAUGUUAUGUUCGGCCUCUCGGCACGACAUAUUUAUCUUUUGAAGACCGGUUUCAUCCCCGCACUGCGUGGAUGAGAGCCGUUGCUUGGAUAUAUCGGCCUGAUCGGACACUAUUGUCAUCUCUUUAUCAGGACCGACUGCUCAGCGACAUUAUGAUCAUUAUCGGCUCCCAAUGCUGACCUUCUUGAGUUAGCGAUCGGACUCACCCCUCCCCUCCAGGAGGGUGACCAUCGCCUUCGCAUGACGACCAGCUAUUCCAUCGCCUCGUCAUUUUAUUCGUUUUGGUAUCCCACCACCAUUAUGUGUGACAUCACUUGUGGUCAUUCUUAGAACCGACGAACGUAUUUUUCCUCCCUAAAAAAAAAUGGGGAGAAGGGGAGACAAGCUCCUAUGAGAGAGGGAGUCUUGACGAGGUAUGCCAGAUCUUCCUUCGCCGCGAAUGACGAACGUCUCCUGACACGGAGGCCAGUAGGAACGUGGGGGGGGGGGGGGGGGCUAGACGAACCAAAGGGAACCUCGGCAAGAUAAACCAGUUCCUCCCAUUUCCCGUGGAUCGACGAACACCUUCUGCCAGAGCAGAAGGCUAGUAGGGCCACAAGCAUGGGACGACGAAGCAGGGAACCCGCGAUAGGGUAAACCAGUUCCUCCUUGCGAUCGGUGGAUGCCGAACGUCUUCUUCGAGGGAAGAAGAUUAGUAGGAUCACGACAGGGACGAACGAAGAAACGGGAACCCUGACAGGGUAUACCAGUUCCUCCCCCUUGAUGGACUAAUGACGAACGUCUUCUGCGAAGCCAGAAGACUAGUAACUCACGACUGGGGACGAACAGAGAUAGUGAAUCCCGACGUGGAUAAACCUGUUUCUUCUCAUAGUUGGGAUGACGAACGUCUCCUGCGAAACCAUGAGACCAGUAACUCACGAGACUUGGGAAGAACGAAGACCAGUUCCAUGGAUCAGACACGAAGAACCAGUUCUUUACCGGAGUCUGUUGCGUGCCGAGUGUACACCGCUUAGCGGUCCAUACAUAGGACCACGGAUACGGUAGAUGAACGAAGACCAGCUCCAUGGAUCAGACACGAAGAACCAGUUCUUUACCGGAGUCUGUUGCGUGCCGAGUGUACACCGCUUAGCGGUCCAUACAUAGGACCACGGAUACGGUAGACGAACGAAGACCAGCUCCAUGGAUCAGACACGAAGAACCAGUUCUUUACCGGAGUCUGUUGCGUGCCGAGUGUACACCGCUUAGCGGUCCAUACAUAGGACCACGGAUACGGUAGACGAACGAAGACCAGCUCCAUGGAUCAGACACGAAGGACCAGCUCUCCACCGGAGUCUGUUGCGUACCGAGUGUACACCGCUUAGCGGUCCGUACAUAGGACCACGGAUACGGUAGACGAACGAUGAUUAGCUCCCCAGAUCAGGUAGGAGGGACAUCGCCCAGAUUUAUUUCAGGCUCACCAUUCCUGGCAGACGAUCGACUUCUCACAGCCAAUCAGGAGAGAGACUUGACACAUCACCAGCACGGCCGAGGGCCGUGAGACGAUUACCACUCACCGACAGGCCGAGGGCCAUGAGAUCAUCAUCACUAUUUUUCUGUAUCACGAUCGGCCCCUCAGCGCUAUCGUGUCCAGAUUCACGGUUCGGCUCGCCCAUUCCCUUCCAGGAUGGCGACGACCGUCUUAUGCAGUACGAUCGGCCCCUCAGCGCCAUCGUACCCAGCUCACGUUCAGCUCGUCCAUCCCUUCCAGGGUGGCGACGAACGUCUUAUGCAUCACGAUCGGCCCCUCAGCGCCAUCGUGUCCAGAUUCACGGUUCGGCUCGCCCAUUCCCUCCAGGAUGGCGACGACCGUCUUAUGCAGUACGAUCGGCCCCUCAGCGCCAUCGUACCCAGCUCAUGUUCAGCUCGUCCAUCCCUUCCAGGGUGGCGACAAACGUCUUAUGCAUCACGAUUAGCCCCUCAGCGCCAUCGUGUCCAGAUUCACGGUUUGGCUCGCCCAUUCCCUUCCAGGAUGGCGACGACCGUCUUAUGCAGUACGAUCGGCCCCUCAGCGCCAUCGUACCCAGCUCACGUUCAGCUCGUCCAUCCCUUCCAGGGUGGCGACGAACGUCUUAUGCAUCACGAUCGGCCCCUCAGCGCCAUCGUGUCCAGAUUCACGGUUCGGCUCGCCCAUUCCCUCCAGGAUGGCGACGACCGUCUUAUGCAGUACGAUCGGCCCCUCAGCGCCAUCGUACCCAGCUCACGUUCAGUUCGUCCAUCCCUUCCAGGGUGGCGACGAACGUCUUAUGCAUCACGAUCGGCCCUCAGCGCCGUCAUGUCCAGACUCACGGUUCGGCUCGCCCAUUCCCUCCAGGAUGGCGACGACCGUCUUAUGCAGUACGAUCGGCCCCUCAGCGCCAUCGUACCCAGCUCACGUUCAGCUCGUCCAUCCCUUCCAGGGUGGCGACGAACGUCUUAUGCAUCACGAUCGGCCCCUCAGCGCCAUCGUGUCCAGACUCACGGUUCGGCUCGCCCAUUCCCUCCAGGAUGGCGAUGACCGUCUUAUGCAGUACGAUCGGCCCCUCAGCGCCAUCGUACCCAGCUCACGUUCAGCUCGUCCAUCCCUUCCAGGGUGGCGACGAACGUCUUAUGCAUCACGAUCGGCCCCUCAGCGCCAUCGUGUCCAGACUCACGGUUCGGCUCGCCCAUUCCCUUCCAGGAUGGCGACGACCGUCUUAUGCAGUACGAUCGGCCCCUCAGCGCCAUCGUACCCAGCUCGGCGUUCAGCUCGUCCAUCCCUUCCAGGGUGGCGACGAACGUCUUAUGCAUCACGAUCGGCCCCUCAGCGUUAUCGUGUCUAGAUUCACAGUUCGGCUCGCCCAUUCCCUUCCAGGAUGGCGACGAACGUCUGUAUGCAGCACGAUCGGCCUCUCAGCGCCAUCGUGUCUGGCUCAUGUUCGGCUCGCCCAUCCCUUCCAGGAUGGCGACGAACGUCUCUUAUGCAUCACGAUCGACCCCUCAGCGCCAUCGUGUCCAGAUUCACGGUUCGGCUCGCCCAUUCCCUUCCGGGAUGGCGACGAACGUCUCUUAUGUAGCAUGAUUGGCCCCUCAGUGCCAUCGUGUCUAGUUCAUCUCCGGGUCGCCCAUCUCCUCCAGGAUGGGGACAGAUAUCUUAUGCAGCACAAUCGGCCCCGCCGUGCCAUUGUGUCGAGUUCAUCUCCGGAUCACCCAUCCCUUCUAGGAUGGCGACGACCAUCUUAUGCAGCACGUCUGCCUCUCGGCGCUGACAUGCCCGGUUUAUCGAUGAGAGCCACCGCUUUCUAUCACAUCUCACAUUCCUUCUCUCAUACAUUGCACCCAUACAUUACAUGCAUUCAUGCAUUCAUGCAUCAUACCUCAUACAUUCAUACAUACACACGUGCAUCAUGUUUUGACAGUACCGCGACGUCGGUUUAUAGAUGCAUGGACCUCUAAGCUUCUCCGAUUGGAAAGCUCGAGUCAGAGUCCUUUACUCCCACCUGAUGCAUUCAGGGGGAGUGUGCCCGUGGAGGAGCACCCUUCGCCCGACCCCGUCGGGGAGGGGGGUGCCUCACCGGCAGAUUACGUUCAGGAGUGCAGACACCCACUCAUAUAUUAUGAUUAUGUGAAGACACAGUUUCCAGCAAGACAGAGGAAGAGCGCAGGCAGAGUAUACUUUCUCGAGCAGAUUCGCGCGCUCACUACUCAAGAAACUGGGGGACUUGUGUUGGGAUAUAUUAUCCCGGCCUAUUACUGUUCAGGAGCCCAAGACUUUACGUGGUACGAAGCCCAAUCAGUAAGGCCCAUUUUAGCCCAUCAGGCCCGAUAUUGGCCCGUUUGGCCCAUUAGGGUGGAGAGCCCCUUCUCCCCUUCCCCUAUUUAUAGGAGGUUUUCCCUCCAUGUAAAGGGGCUUUUUCCUUCUUCCCCAUGCUUCUUCUUCUUCCUAGAAUAACUUAGAACUCCAUUAAUGGGAGCUUCAAUACUUGUACUAUGUAAUGGUGAGGAGAGAUUAAUGAGAAUGAGAGGGCUUGGACAUUAGCCUAAAAAGUCCCGUGGUUUUCUCCCUUUCGGGUUUCCACGUAAAAACUGAGUGUUCAUACAUAUAUUUACUAUAUCGUGUUGGAUUAAACUCAACACAUAUGCUAACUGUUGUAGAUAUGCUAAUUAAUACUUCCUCCAUUCUUUAAUAGUUGUAGGG